GAUAAAUUGGGAUUUUUGUGCGUUCAUCGAAAUUUUUAAUUUUACAUAAUCGAAGAGUUCUUGUUAAGGAUGAAGAAAAUUAGCAACGUGAGGAGAAAAUAGGCAUGUUAUGUUUAUUCGCUUUUCCGAUUAUUACUUUUUCCAGUGUUGAGAAGUCAAGCAUUUGUGUGAUGUUUAAUUUUUGAAAGAAGCUAAGUUUAACUUUGUAACCACAACGUAUUACCGGCGUCCCGAUCGCGAUUAAUGUAUCAUCGCAUAUCAACGGUGCUCCUUGAUCUUUACUGCACAACACCCCUUUCUAUACUUUUUUCUUUUUAACACCACUAACACAUAACAUGUUCGUCAUUUCAAAAGUGGAAUUUAACAACUUUUUAUAAAGUCUCUGGAAACAUUUGCUGUAUGAGAAAAAUUGAACAUUCAUUUUGCCAAUAAUUGAGGAGGAUUUCGUUUCUGCUGAAAUACUUAGGUUGUACCUCCUUGCUCCCCAGCCGUAGGUGGUACAGGAUUUAUUCCCGCCCUCUGCAAAAUGUUCGUUCUCAUAAAGUGCGUUGUACAGCACAUCGUACUUGAUCUGUGAUUUCGGAAAGUGCACGACAUUUAAAAACUUGCUUUCCUCGAAUGGCCAUUGCAGGUCGAUGUAGUCCCGGUUUUAUUCCAUGUUUUCAUUUCAGGAGAAUAACGGCAUAUUGAAUCACGAUAAAAUUGAGAAACCACUCUGGAGUCACUCAUCUUUGCCACUGCUAAGUCUGAUGUUCCUGCCACGACCAUGUAUAACUGCGGUGCGCAAAUAGGAACCUCUUUACUUUUUCUUCGAAUAUGUAUGAAGCAACUAAAGCUCGAUAUAAGCGUUCUCAACGUAAUAAGAGUCGCCAUGCACAAGUGCUCUUUUUUACUUAUCCUUUGAACGCUAGCAACGUAUAUCGCUGUAAAAUUGGUUUUCUCCAAUUGGGCUGCCACGAUGCGCUUCUUGCGAAAUAAAGAAGAUUUUUCGUGUGAACUCACCAUUGCUAGGACGAAACUGGUCUCUACGCUUUUCUCCUGCUUCUCCUAAACGAUUGAAAAAUAAAAAAGUAUACAACCACGAUGGGUCGAAAACUGCCUUGAUUCUAUAUGAGGUAAUGAGAUGAGUAAGGAGUGGCAAGAAGAUCGACAGGAUCAGCCCUCACCGUCCCGAACUCAAAGCCUUCUCAUUCUACUACUCGUUGUAUGUCAAAAUUUAUUAUCAGUCCAGUUUCGUCCUAUGUCGGAAGCGGAAGAAAUGCGUCAAGACCGUAAUACUUUGAAUGGUACGUUUAAAUUGGAAAAAAAUACAAUUUAUUCCGCGUUGGAUCGCAGAAAGCGUUUUGCGGUUCCUAGGAGUUUACCGACAAACAGUGAAGCGAGAUUUGUGGCCAGCGUUCAAAGGAUAAGUGACAACGAGCAUUUGUGCGUAGCGAAUCUUAUCACUUUAAAAAAAUUGAUAACGAGCUGUAGUUGCGUUAUAAACAUUCCAGGCGGCUCGAAGGAAAAUCCCAUGUUUCAUCCGGAGUUGUACAAAGUUAUAGCGGGAUCGAUCGACUUGGAAAACUUGCGUUUCAUUAAUACCAGGUUCAUAUAUAAACUUUACCGUGAUCCUCGGUGCUUCGUUUUUAAAGAAUAUAACACCUGGACAAACAACCUAGGCUACAUCGAGUUACGAUCGCCUUUUCACAACAGCUUCUUUUUGGGAUUCGUGUCUUAUUCAAUAUCGGAACCCAAAUAUAUUCAUCACCUUUACAAAUAUUUCGGCAAUCAGGACUACGAUGAAGGCGGUAGUUCUUUCUGCGCCACUUACGGAUGGGGAGACAAGACGUCUAAAGCAAACGGUACGACAGAGGAUACCCACUCCAAGACUUUGCAGAAGGCACGUAUUCAGUUCCUCAAAUCAAGUGAUUGCUUAAGCAAAUUCUGGCGUUCUGAGGAAUUAAGUGAUCAUUUCUCCUUCGAAUUUCAAGAUAUAAUUUGCGCUGUUUGCACUGCGGAGGAUUUCCAAUGGAAGGAUAGAGGAAUACCGUUAAUCUGUGGUGGAAAAUUACUCGGCAUCGGUACGGUUGCAACUAACAAUGCUAAUUUGAUUUUUUUCCAAAAAUUACAGAUCUACCAAAUCCUCGCUUUCACCUCAAUAGAAACAGGGGAUUCAAAUGCAAGUGAAAGUUAUAAUAAAUCGUGUCUUAUCUGUCAUAGUAUAAUAAUCUUCAUCUUUAUCAAGCCCUAUAUAAUAAUUAAAUUUUUUUUUUUCAAUUAA